GUUGAUUCCGGUUAACAGCGGGUGUCAUUUCCCUGUGCAGACCCAGUCUUUGAUACUUAAAGCUCAUUUCAAUCUCUAUCUAUAAAGCUUAUGAUAGGUAGGAUUUUAUCUUUGAUUUGAUGACGUGAAUAGUUUGUGAAUAAUAUCCAUUUUAUGGAAUUGUUUCUGUUCGCUUUCACUUACUGGGAUCGAAGGAAAUUGGAAGCCAGCAAUAGGAAAUGGCUUUCUUAACUCUAUAUUACCUGGACGUUUGUUUAAAGAAUUUCACCAAUGAAUUCGUGUUGAAUACCAGUAACACACUGUACUGAGAACCACUUUCAUCGAGAGUCAAGAUUUUCUUCCUUGCCUUACGCGGAUUAAGGUGCACGGAUUUAUCCUGAGUGUUCUAAGUGUUUACAUUUAUCUCAGAGUCAACGAUCUUGUCGUGUUUCUGGUUCCAAGUGGAUAUCUAAAGACGCAAGAAUAUGUUUUGUCAGAAUAUGGAAUACUGUAUGUAAUAAUUGAUUAUGAUGACGGAAGUCCUUCCGCGACUUGAGCAACCUAAAUCCUACUCGUUUGAUGAGAGUAAAUUGAGUACGUAUCCCAGGCCUCUUCUGACAGAGGAAGGCGACCAUUCUAAUGGUUUUCAGCCAACUUUUACCACUGUCCUACCAAACAUACACUCGGAAGGAUAUACUCUGACUUCGUACGCCUCCUACAUAGGAGAUCCUAGAAAGCUUGUGGUACAUUACGUAUCCACCCCAGCCUCUAUCCGAGUUUCACUCAAUGCCAACACUAAUUUCAACAAUGCAACGUCAGUGGCGCCACCUAAGAUAAACAGACCGCGAACAGCUGCCGCAGUAUUAUCCGCGAAAUCAGAGUCUAGCUGUGAUCGUGUGUCCCAGGUAGAACAUGAACCGACCAGGCGACAUAAUUUAGAGAACCACAUGCCUGCUAAACGCAAUAAACCGCCCCCGUGGCAAAAGAACUUAGACACUCCUCUCGUGCCUUUCUUCACGGGGCCGGGAUACAUCCUAUCCAAGAGCAAGUCCAAGUUCGCUGUCACUAUCAAGGAUGAAUUCUUUGACCCUGUUUUUGAUGAAUCUCAAAAAAAGAAACAUGUACCAACAGAAAGAGUGCAGAACGAAAAUCCUAAGGAGACACAGAGAGUGUCUGUGAAAGACAAGAACGCCGUUUUUAUGAACGAAAAUAAGUUCAUAGAGCAGAUAAUGGAAAGGGAUACAAUCAUUCAACAAUUACAACAACAGAUCUCCGACCUGUCUCUGUACCUGGAGGAGGAAAGAGUGAACCACAGACAGACGAAACAAAAGGCCGAUGAAUUUUUAAAAGACAAAAUUGAUGAAAUGAACAGUCAACAUCAAGAUGCAAUCAGAGAUUUGGAGGAGGAUCAUAAGGAAGACCUGGAGAAGCUUCGUCUCAGCAUUGAGGCCGAUCACCAGUCCUAUAAAACAUCGGCAGAGGGCCAAAUCGUGAAGAUGAAGAAAGAAAUAGAAUUUCUACAAGGUGCUUUUGAGUCCUAUAAAAGUUCACUCCACCAGGAUAUGGAUGACAAGUGGAAUAAAAGAGAGGAUGACCUGAUGUUACAACUGCAGGAAGACAAACAGGCAGCCGUUCACGAAAUGAAAAUGAAAGUUAUACAGGAGAGGAAUGUCGAGAGGAUAGCUAUGCAGAAAGAUCACCAGAAGACUAUUGAAAAUCUACGCAAGGAGCACAAGAAGGAAUUAGAUGCAUUAGUAAGGAAAUUUUCAAAUGCAGCUGCUGAUUUAGAAAGGUUAAAGAAAACUACAAAAGAGCUAAAGGAAACUAGGCGAGAACUGGAGACUAUAACUACUGCCUAUAACGAGACAUGUCAACAACUGGCCAACACUUCCAGAGACCUAGCAGAUACGAAAGUGAAACUUUUAUCUUUCGAAGAACAAUUUGAGGAGAAAGUCCAACAAGUUGAUACUAAAUAUCAGCAAAAAAUCAAUGACCUCAUUACACAAAAUGUAGAGAUACGACGUUUGUUUGUAAAGAAGUGUGGACAACUGUAUGAGGAAAAGGUGAAUGUAGAGUUAGACAGGGUGAAAAGAGUUCAAUCCGCCAAAGAAGUAAUGCAGUCGAUGUUACGUUCUAAACAAAGAUCUGACGUCAGUUUUGCACCUGGAGACCCGGAUUACGAAGAGGUGUCACAUAAGCCAAAAUCUAGAUCCGGAAGUGCUCCUUUAACAAGACACGAAAUGGCUAAGGCCCAUUCAUCCGUAGGAAAUACGGAGCACUUGUUAGAAAAAGAGGAAAUCCCCGAAUUCCCGGACAGUAUCGUGCUAGAAGUCAGCAAAGAGGUUGAAGAAUUAAAGAAACAGAUCAUGUCUGACAUUAAGUUGCCAACAAAAGAAGAGAUGCUACAAGCACUGGCGAGCGAUAUAUAGAAAAUACUAACUGCUAUGAUGCAGAGACAGCCAUGACUACUAGACAUUGUAUGUAAUGCGGUGUACCAGGGAACCGAAAUCCUCCAUUUGUCAUAUAUAGAUGUACAUAUAUAUAUUCAAAGAUGUCACCAUUUAUUGACUUUUUACCAUUUUAAAUUUUUGUUGUAGCAAGUCAUGGUACUUGUUUAUUGAUUGGAAUAUUUAUAUUUGUUGAAGGAAAUUUUGAUAAUUUUAUGGUAGUUUAUGCAAGAAAUCUUGUUGGCAGUUUCAUUAUGAAUAUUUUUUUCGACAAUUUGCAAUGGACGUUAUAUGCAUUUUACCUGGACUGUGAUAAUUUAAUUACAGUAUACAUGAUAUACAAUAUUUAUUAGCUAUCAGAUUGUGUUGUACUUGUUUUACGCCAGAAUUUCAUAGCUCAUUUAUUAUUGCCGUACUAAACAAAUUCAUUUUACGACAGAGAAGUCCUUUUUAAUACUGUAAAUGGAUAUUUCUUAUAAGUUUGUCUAUAGAAAAUCGGGUAUCUUCUAUUGUGUAUAUGGCACAAUAUAUACAAAUGCUCAGUGCUCUCAUUAGUUUUUGUAUUUGGUGAUAUUACAGAGCAAAAUUACCCUUUCUUUUCAGUUUACGGACAUGAGUUAUCUGCGUUUUAUAAUGGUUUAUAUAGCGAGAUAGCACAACCAAUAUGGGACUGGAAAUUGCAGAUCAAUAAUAUUUUGACAUUAUGCGAGUAUGUAAUUCUAAAUCCAUUAAAUGUGGCGUAUCCAAAAAUGGAGUUGCUCUGUCUGAUUUUCCAUGGACAACCUCUUCUAGAAUAAAAUGGGAUUAUGAAAUGGUAAAGGUUAUUUUACAUAAAGCCCUUCAAUCCUGUUCUGUAUCAAAUAAAUCUUUGAUAAAUUGAU